UUACUAUAAUUCAACGCGGAACGAGCGCUAGUCCCGCAAAAAAUAUUGCAAAUAAUUCCGUAAAUGAUAUAAGCACGAAGAACCAAAAUGAAGUUCGGAUUGUUUGUAUUAGGCGCAGCCACGUGCCACACUCUCGUGCGCGCGACCUCAACCUCUAGGGUUAUCACCAUCACCCAGGAGUUCAACGAAGACAUUCCUGAACGUCAAUUGGCCGUGUUGUCUUGCCCUACUGGAAGGGGACUUGUCAUCCAAAAGGCCGAAUGGAUUGCCACAAGGCCAAAUGUUAAUGCAGGUGCUGACCCUAACAUCAAGUUCGAAAGGACCAAGGACAUCUCUAAAAUCUGUGGAGGUCUUAACAACUGUGUCCUCAAGCCCAUAGCACACUUGGAGAAAGUGGAGGAUGGAAACUUCGUCUUCAUGGGUCUUCCUAUCGAGAAUGCUGAAUACAAGCUUAAUGUAAAGGGUAUAUGCAGCAAAACUCCAGCAGCUCCCAUCGGACGUGAAAUGAUUUCAGUCAUUGACUCCAAUGACGAUUUGGUACUAGGAUGCAAUGAAGGUGAAGUCAUUAACGUGUCACUGCUCCGCGGAGCCGGUCUUCACAACAGCCUGAUCUACAGGAACUUGUACUGCACCAACUCCUUCAUGGAAAAUGCCUUCGAACUGUGCCAAAACAAGCGCAGCUGCAAAAUUAGCAAGGACCUCUACAACUCUGACAACGGAAAGUGCAUCUACCAAGUUAUCGACGCUCAGUACUACUGCAGGCCGCCACACCACCACUCUUACGUCGAUGUUGUUAGACACGCUAACGGCAAAUUCGAAACUAUCCUGACAUCCGAGGAAAACGCACACGUCAUCGUUAAGGCACCAGCGGAAUCCGUGCUCUCCGUCAAGUCUGCCACCUGGGAUGUGGUCGGUAAGCCAAGUGAAGAGGAAGACCCCAAGAGGAACCGUCUCGAUAUCCUUCAGUUCUACUGUGAAGGCAGGAGCAGCUGCUCAUUCAUACCCACCAGGGCAUCCAACGGUCUACUUGACCUGUACCUAGGAGGUAUCACAGGUAACAUCAAGAAACCCUUCAUCCUCAGGGCCAAAUUUGAGUUCGUAGAACCCAAGAACCAAGAGGGCGAAGAGGACAUCAAGACUGUUGAAUGCAAGAAGGGCGGUAACAUCAACAUUAAGUGCCCAAACAACACUUUCCCACGUGUUGUCACCGCACUUUGGGGAGGUUUUGUAACCAACACCAAGCAGCAGCCAGAAGUCAUCUUCUGGGAGGAGAAGACACAAAACGGUAAGCUUUUCCGUGUCACCGAAAUCGGUGCUCUGCUCGACAAGGCUAUCUUCAACAAACAUGAUUACAUAUUCAACCCCGUCGAAAUGGUUAACGGCAAACAGCGCCUGCCAUACAUCGUAGGUGUCAAACCUGAAGACCACGGACUUGUCGUUAACUACACCUGCAUGGACAAGAACCUCAUGCCCUCUGUCUCAGACAUCAAUAUCGGAGAGGUAGUGAACAAGGAUUCCCUAAACAGCGCAGCAUACGACCUGGAAAAGGAAAAGGUACUCGAUGCCAUGUUCAGCAAGAACGACCAGUUGAUCAUCAUGAUCGAACAAAAGAGCGAAAGCAUCGUUAGAGUGGGAGACUUCCUCAAGAUCCAAAUCCCACACGCUGUAGGAGAACACUACACCGCCAACUUCACCGAUGAACCUAAAAUUGAAGCAUGGGCACUUACCGAGACUUGUGACAAUGUUGUUCUCAGCAUAGUAUUCGCCGAUGAAAAGACACUACACGUCACCGCCAGCUUCUUCAACAAGAACAAGCACAUCGAAACACGCCAAAAUGAAAUGAUAUCCAAAUACACCAUCGAUUACCAGAAAAAGGUUAAAAACAUUGUCGUAGCCAGCGGUGGUGUCGUUGGUAUGCGUGUCAUGGUCAAGGGCGAGACCAAAACCAACGCUUAAAUAAAUGCAGUCAAACUUUAAAAUGUUAAUCUCCCGUAAUAUUAGGAGCACGUUGAGC